UGUAGUUAAACUAAAGGUUUUAAACAAACUUUUAAUUUGCUGUUAAACACAUCAAUAAUGACUGACUUCACGGGUAAAUUCAAACAGACCUCAUCGGAAAACUUCGACGCCCUUCUCAAAGAGCUCGGAUUUUCGGAUGAAGUGGUCAGUCGUGUGAAAUCGUCGACAUCGGAGGUGGAGAUCACCAAAGACGGCAGUGUUUACACCAUUAAAAACAUCAGUCCUAACAAUACCCGGGAGACUAAGUUCGAGUUGGGCAAGGAGUUUGAGGGGGCCCGGUUUGGGGGACCGGUAGUUAAGUCAGUGGUGACGGCAGACGGCAAUCGACUCAUUGAAGUAAUCAAAGGGGAAAAGGAGGUAAAGAUUGUGCGCGAGUUUAACGGCAAUGAACUCCGGGUGACCACCACUUCGGGACCGGUGGUUGCGGUCGUGACAUUUGCCAGACAAUAGAUCUAAGACUUAAAUUUGUUGACCAUCUUUGUGAUUUAUAU